AUGACGUUUGUGCCUCUUCUUGUGUUUCUGGCUCCACUGUUAAUCUGCAGCAACGCUCAAGCGAAACCCAAGGACUGUACUGACAUCCUUAAAACGUAUCGUUACAGUCGCAGUGGAGUCUUCGGCAUUUACCCUUUUGAUGAUCGUUUCAGAGUUCUAGUUUACUGUGACAUGGAGACAGACAGAGGAGCUUGGACUAUGAUCCAGAGGAGGAUGGAUGGUACAGUGAACUUCUGCAGACCCUGGGAUCAGUAUGUGAGUGGGUUUGGUAAAGCUUAUGGAGAAUACUGGCUGGGUCUGGAGUUCAUCCAUAAGAUCACAAAUAGAAGCAAACAGGAGCUGCUGGUGGAGAUGGAGGAUUUUGACGGGAAUAAGGCAUUUGCUAAGUACUCUUCUUUCUCUGUUGGACCUGAAUGUCAGGGAUACAAAAUGAAUGUGUCUGGGUUCAUUAAUGGAGGAGCAGGAAAUAGUCUCACUGUACACAAUGGUAUGAAGUUCACCACUCUGGACAAAGACCAGGAUAUUUAUAAGUAUGGCAACUGUGCUAAAAGAGGUUACGGAGGUUGGUGGUAUGCUUCGUGCCACCAUGCCAACCCUAAUGGUAUAUACCUCUGGGGAAGUGCUGCCCCGUAUUAUGCUGGUAUCAACUGGUCUACAUGGAAAGGUUUAUCCUACUCUCUGAAGUCUAUCAGCUUCAAGAUACGUCCUGCCAAGUAG